AUGAGUUUUCUCUUCGCAGAGCUGACAGGCUCCCCACAUGCCCAGGACCAGGUGCCUGGAAGCGUCGUGCCCCGCAGCCUGCGGGGACUUGUAGUUUGCAGGCUCGUGGUGCGCAGGCGCGAUGCCGAUCCGCGGCCACGCGCGUCCGCGGGCGACGGCAGGAAUUCACGAGGGGGCGGGACCAUCCACUCCGAACGCCGAGGGGCAGAGCAGAGCUGGGGGUCGCAAGGCCUGCGUGGGCCGCUUCUGCCGCGGGGGAGCUGCGCGGCUUCUAGCCUCGUGGUCCGAGGGUCACCUGCGCCCACGUGGGGCCCGCACUGCCCUCUGCUGGCUCAGGAACCCUCAUUUUCCCAAGAGGAGAGAAUGGCUUCUGGGUACCUGCCCCCCUGGUCCCAGGAAUCAGUGACCUUCAAGGAUGUGGCCAUGGACUUCUCUCAGGAGGAGUGGGAGCUCCUGGACCCUGCUCAAAGGAACCUGUACAGAGAGGUGAUGUUGGAGAACUAUAGGAACCUUGUCUCCCUGGAAGCCUUGAAGAACCAAAGCACUUACACAGGUAUUGAGGAUGGUCCAUUUUCCCCAGCACAAACCCCUCAAGACACCAGACUUUCUCCACGGACAGGGUAUUCACUCUUUAAGUCAGUGAGGUCUGUCUACUUGGAGCAAAGAGAAGCCCUGUGGAUGAAGCAAAAAGGAUUUCCCCAAGCCUCCUGUUCAGAUUGGGAGACUAAACUGAAAAAUCAAGAAUCAACUUGCAAGAAGGUGGUUUUGGAGGAAGAACCAUCUAGUGCUAUGAAUAUAAGGCUUAUAAUAGAAGACUGGGGAUGUGACCAGUCCAAGAAGACCCAUGAUGACCCCCAGGGGCUUUUGAGGCAAAUGACAUCCAUCCAAAUAAAGGCAGUUGCUCAGGAAGAAGCAAUGACAUGGUGUGGAUUUGGAGGUGUUAGUAAUCUGAGCUCAGACCAUAUUAUAUUACAGGGAACCUCUAUAGGAAAAUGUGUCAGUGCCAGUGAGCUAAAUGUCAAGAAUUUGGCAUCUGAUUUAAUCUUAAACUGUCAUCAGAUCCAAUAUGCAGAUCAGACACCCUGUGAAAGUAAUGAAUUUGGAAAUUCCAUCAGCCAAAAUGGUCAGCUUAUUCAACAUGAAAGAACUGAAACAGGGGAUAUGACAUCUGUAUAUGUGGAAAGUGGAAAAUCAGUGAAUCAUAGUGUGGCUCUUAAUGUACACAACAAAAUUAAUAUAGCGGAGAAACCCUUUGAAUGUCACCAGUGUGGGAAGGUGUUUAACCGGAGACAUUCUUUGAGUGAACAUCAGAGAAUUCAUACGGGAGAGAAACCAUAUGAGUGUCAGGAAUGUGGGAGAGCCUUCACACACAGCUCUACCCUUACUCGCCAUCUGAGGACUCAUACUGGAGAGAGGCCCUACAGGUGCAGUGAAUGUGGUAAAGCCUUCAACAGGAUUUCAUCUCUGACACAACAUCAGAGGAUUCACACAGGGGAAAAGCCCUAUAAAUGCAAAGACUGUGGAAAAUCCUUCUGCCAAAGCUCUUACCUGAUUUUGCAUAAGAGAACACACACAGGAGAGAAGCCCUAUGAAUGUAAUGAAUGUGGAAAAGCCUUCAGCGAUCGUUCCUCUCUCAACCAGCAUGAGCGAACUCACACUGGGGAGAACCCCUAUGAAUGUAACCAGUGUGGAAGAGCUUUCAGCCAGAGGUCUUCCCUCGUGAGGCAUGAGAGAACUCACACUGGAGAGAAACCUUAUAGCUGUGUCAAAUGUGGGAAAGCAUUCAGCCAGAGCUCCUCCCUUAUUACACAUAAGAAAACUCACACUAGCCAGAAAACUUACAGAAUAAUAGACUGUGGGAAAGCGUUUUAUCAGAGCAGCCACCUUAUUGGAUUUUAGUGAUUGCAUGCUACCUUGUAAAAGCACCCCUCAGCACUCUGACACUUAAAUGUGGUUAGACUUUGCCCUAGAGUGAUGGGUGUAGGUUCAUAUCAUAUUCUUAAAAGAAAGCUCUGAGGUCUGGAACUGAGAAAUCACCAUUAAGCUAUACCAAAUGAACUCCAUCCUCUUAGAAAAGAUUGCCCAGUGGGAAUGCUAACAUGGAAUGGGAUUUUGCUAAGCAAUCCCAUGUUAGGCUCAGCACCUGUAGCUCAAGCAGCUAAGGCGCCAGCCACAUACACCAGAACUGGCAGGUUCAAAUCUAGCCCGGGCCUGCUAAAUAACAAUGACAACUGCAACUAAAAAAUAGCUGGGCAUUGUGGCAGGUGCCUGUAGUCCCAGCUACUUGGGAGGCUGAGGCAAGAGAAUCACUUAAGCCUAGGAGUUGGAGGUUGCUGUGAGCUGUGAUGCCACAGCACUCUACCGGGGGCAAUACAGUGAGACUGUCUCAAAAAAAAGAAAGAAAGAAAUCACAUGUUAAUUUAGUUACUGAAACCAAAGGUACUCUGUUUUAACUUCCAACUUAUUAUUUCAAUGUUCAAUAUUCUUUUUUUUUUUUUAUUAAAUCAUAGCUGUGGGCGGCGCCUGUGGCUCAGUCGGUAAGGCGCCGGCCCCAUAUACCAAGGGUGGCGGGUUCAAACCCGGCCCUGGCUGAACUGCAAACCAAAAAAUAGCUGGGCGUUGUGGUGGGCACCUGUAGUCCCAGCUACUCGGGAGGCUGAGGCAGGAGAAUCGCUUAAGCCCAGGAGUUGGAGGUUGCUGUGAGCUGUGUGAUGCCAUGGCACUCUACCGAGGGCGAUAAAGUGAGACUCUGUCUCUACAAAAAAAAAAAAAAAUCACAGCUGUCUACAUUGAUAUAUUCAUGGGGCAUCAUUCACUAGCUUCACAGACCGUUUACCAAGUUUCACAUAUACCCUUGUAAGAUGCACCUCAAUGUUCACUAUUCUUGUGCAACAAUUUACUCAGUCAUUCUACCCUGUGGUCACUUAGGUAGAUCCUAAUUUUCCUCAUGUGCUACUUUGGCAAAGCAGAGUGUGUGCUAAGAUGACAAGUGCUUUGGAUGUGAAAUAAGAAAAUAAAGGAUCCAAUGAAGUCAAAAUAUGUAUAUAUACAAAGGGACAAAGGCUGGACAGAGAUUUUGAGAAAUGAAUAGUUUAUCUGAUUAUUAGUCAAGAUUAUCAUUAUGUAUGAUUUUUGUGUCAUUUGCUAUUUAUUGCAGUAGUCAUUUUGACAGUGAAUAAAAAUGAAACAGCACUAGAAAUUGGAUGGGAUAUGGAACUUCAUUGAUCAAUCAGAGUAGAUUGUGAAUUACAAAAUGGAAGAGAUACAGUAGAGUGGGUUUUGGAAAAUGGAGAAGUUUAGCUAUCUUUGGCCUGAGAAAAGUCCCAACUGUGAGAUGUACUUGACAGAGUAGAAACUAACAGUGGUGUUAUACAUCAUCAUUAAAAUUUAUUAAAUGCUUACUGUAUG